AUGACCUACUUUGAAAGAGCAAUUAGGAAUCCUGAGCUGCCCCUAAAGAUCUGUUUCUACCGCAUCUUCCAGUCAAAGUCCCCAGUGUUGCCAAAGUUUUCUCAGUUCUUCCAGAAAGGGGCCUAUUGCUACUCAGCGGGGAACCUCUUAGUUGUUAUCUCUGUGACCACAUGCAGUGCCUUACCACCAAUUUGCACACAUAAGGAGACCCAGCAGAUAAAGCAGGAGGGGCUGUGUGGGGCCUGUGAUAACGAUGUCACCCCGAGGACACUGUCGGCAGAAAACACCCCUUCCUUCUUCAGGACGGCAGGGCAGCUGGGGCAGGAGGGAGACCACUUCCUGGAGGAGAACCUGGAGGCCCCUGCAGAGAACCAUUCCCUUUGGGGUCAGGCGCCUGUUGCAGAGGAACUGCCCACUGCAGUAACCUGUCCACGGGCCCUGGCUGAAUGGCUGUUGACAAUGCUCCUGCUGUUGGUCUUCCUGCUUGGCUCUUCUGUGCUUUGUGUCUACAUCUUUGGAAGCUGUGGCCCCCGCCCCUGUGCCACCCCCGAGUGUCUGGACCUCGUGGCUCAGUACGUAACCUCAGGAAACAGCAGUGUGGCCCCUUGCUCCGACUUCUUUACCUUUGUCUGCGGGACCAAUAAUUCUUUUCAGACUCUUGAGGAGGAAAACAAGGGCCGACUCCAGAGAAUUCUGGAGACCCCAGACCCCUGGCCCCCAGGCUCUGGGAUGGAGAAAGCCUUCCAGUUCUACAACUCCUGCAUGGAUGUGGAUGCCAUAGAGGCUGCAGGAGCUGGUCCCCUCAGGGAAGUUAUUGAGGAGCUUGGAGGCUGGCAGAUCUCUGGGAACUCUACUUCCUUCGAAUUUAACAGAACACUGCGACUGCUGAUGAGUCAGUAUGGCUACUUCCCAUUCUUUAGAGCCUACCUGAAGCCCCGUCCCACUCCUCCAUACACGCCAAUUAUUCAGAUAAACCAGCCCGAGUUUGAUGUCCCCCUCAAGCAAGAGAAGGAUCUGAAGAACUAUGCCCAAAAAGUGAGGGACUACCUGACUUACCUGACCCAGCUGGGAUCCCUGCUGGGAGGGACUCCUGAAAAGGUUCAAGAGCAUGCUGGCCUGUCCAUCUCUAUCACCUCAAGACUGUCUCAGUUCCUGCAGCCCCUAGCACCCCAGAGGGCCCAGAUGGUCACUAUAGUCCAGCUGCAGGAAAUGGUUCCUGUCAUCGACUGGUUGUCCUGCUUGCAAGCCAUAUUCACAGAGAUGCACCUGAGCCCCUCUCAGCCCCUCAUGGUUCAUGACUUGGAGUAUCUGACAAACAUGUCCCAGAUAUUAUCGAUGCUGCAGCUGAGACACAGGGAAUUCCUGCAGAGUCACAUGCUCCUGGGUCUGGUGGGCACCCUCUCUCCUGCCCUGGACAGCAAGUUCCAGAAGGCCCGCCAGGAGCUGAGCCAGAAACUGUGGAAGCUGAUGGAGCGCCCGCCUAUGCCCCAGCGCCCCCGGUGGAUGACGUGCGUGGAGGAAACUGGAAACUUCUUCGAGCCUACCCUGGCGGCCUUGUUUGUCCGGGAGGCCUUUGAUCUGCGCACACAAAAAGCUGCCAUGGAGCUGUUCUCCAACAUCAAGGAAGCCCUCAUCAGCCGCCUCCAAAGGGUCCCCUGGAUGAACGAAGAGAUGAGGAAGGAGGCUCAGGACCAAGUCACCCGACUGCAGGUGAAAAUGGGAGCCCCGGAGUGGGUCAUGGAGCCAGAGCUGGCCACACAGGGGUAUCCCGAGGUGCAGCUGGGCCCCAACUUCCUGCAGUCCGUCCUGAGCUGUAUCCGAGCGCUCCGAUCCAGGACCGUCAGGAGCUUCCUGAAGCCCUUCUCCUAUCACAGCUGGCGCGAGCCUCCCUGGAGUGUCAAGGCUUACUAUUCGCUGUCAGACCACACGGUGGUCUUCCCCGCAGGAUUCUUGCAACCCCCAUUCUUCCACCCUGGCUACCCCAGGGCCGUGAACUUCGGUGCUGCGGGCAGCAUCAUGGCCCAAGAAAUGCUGCGCAUCUUCUACCAGCUCUUGCUUCCUGGAGGCUGCCCGGCCUGUGACAUCCGCACCCUGCAGGGGGCGCUGCUGUGUCUGGAGCGCCGUUAUGCUAUCUUCUCCCCACCUGCGGGGGUCUCCUUCAACCACUCCCACAUGCUCCUGGAGAAUGCCGCAGAUGUCGGGGGGCUGGCGGUGGCGCUGCAGGCAUACAUCAGGAGGCUUCAACAAUACUCAGGAGAGACCACCCUGCCUCAUCUGGGUCUCAGCCCUCAGCAGCUCUUCUUCCAAAGCUAUGCGAAGGUGAUGUGCAGGGAACUUGGGCCCCAGAGCAAGCAGGACCGACACAGCCCUCCUCCACUUCGAGUCCAUGGGCCUCUCAGCAACACUCCAGCCUUUGCCAGACACUUCUCCUGUCCCCCAGGAGCCCUCAUGAACCCCUCCAGCCGCUGCCAAGUCUGGUAA